GCAACGUCGAGACUCGGGUAGUGUAGUGCAGGGAGUGUUAGUGUUGGGGUGUGUAGCUUGUGGUGGCUGCUGGCGGCACUGUGUCGUGUUUGUAGCAGUGGCUGCCAUAUUCAUGAGUUACUUGAGAACUUCUGCAGCAGUCUCCUCCAGUACUGUGUCCACCCCAGCCAGCUACAACAAGCAAAUGGUGUUAGGUGGUGGUGGUGAUGGGGGCCGGUAUGGGUCAGUAGGAGAGAGUGAGGGGCCAGUGACAGACACACAGCACUGUGCAGCAGGCACCAGCAGGAGUGGCACCAGCAGAAGUGGCACCAGCAGUAGUGCGAGCAGUGUGGUGGAUGAAUCUGACCAUUGCCACAUGAAUCAUGACGUAUAUCAGCGCCAACCCCUCUUGGCUAAUCAUGACCCUUACAUCAACACCAAUGGAGUUAUUAAAGACGGAGUGAGUGGUGGCUUUUACGACAACAGUAGCAGCACUAGUAAUGGGAUGGUGAAAAUCCCUAUCCCUGCACCACACAGGGAAGCACCAAGAUUUCCAAAAGAAAAAUUUAAAACAUUUCUAGCAUUCCUGUUCCUGUUAUCAAACUGGAUAUUUACUACUGCCUCAUUAGCACUAACACAUGAAAAAGUGCCUGAUUAUAAGCCUCUACCUGAUGUGACUCUAGAUGCCAUCACUGUACAGGAGUGGGGCCUUAAUGUGUCAGAGAUAAUAAUCAUAAUCUCUGUAUACUUGUGUGUAAUGGUUAUAAUAUUUCACAAGCACAGGUGGAUUCUCUUCCGUCGUAUCUUCCUGAUGAUGGGGUUGCUGUAUUUUUACCGUUCUAUCACAAUGUAUGUAACGGUUCUUCCGGUUGCCAAUCCCAACUAUUAUUGCUCGCCAAAAGCUAAUUAUACUGGUCCUUUAUUGGUGGCCAAACGGGUAAUUCAGCUGCUCUCAGGAUUCGGCUUGUCAAUCAACGGUCAACAUACUUUCUGUGGAGAUUACAUUUACUCUGGUCACACAGUCUGCCUUGUUUUGGCAUACCUUGUGGUACGAGAAUGUAAGUUAAUAGACCAAGAAUUCAGUGAAGUUAUUAGUUUUGCAGAAAGUGGUUCAAACAACUUCUUUGAGAGGUUAUGGUGGUAUCCUCUCUUCUCACGGUUUGAACGCAAUGUGCAAGGUGUUGUUCCGAGGCAUUAUGAAAGUCCUUUGCCGUGGCCGAGGAGAUGGAGCAGCAAAAACCCUCAGAGAACCUCCUAGUUAAUGACUUCCAACUUGGGUCAAUCUGAAUUGCAUUUUCAGUGAAACACUAAUAUACAGCCUCCAUGAUAGUCAGUUUGUAUGUGCUGCUUUUAUAUGAUUUUAACAUAAUUCCAUGGCACUAUGAAGAUCUAAAACUUGGACAACUGUGAUAGUGAAUUUUGAAUGAAAUUAAUUAAUGAAAGUGAAUGUAAAUUUCCUUGCAAGAUGGUGUUAGUAAUACUAUGCUCAGCAAAAGGUAUUACUAUGAUGCAUUUACUUAAAAUAACUCCUACUGUAUAUACUCUUGUAUAGGUCUAGGUUUUAAGACUUAAUUUUAAAGCAAAAUGUAUGGGGCUACCUAUUCAUGACUAAUACUUUUGGUAGUUUGAAAUUCUUACAUAUUGAAGACCUGCCACAUGCUAGAUUUCUACAUCUUUAGCACCUAAAGGGCAAAAACCACACUUGGUAACCAUAUCUUAAAUAUACAGUACAAAUUUGAUAUCUAGUAGUUUCAUUGGGGUGGUCAGGCACCAGGAGUUCCUGGUUAGGCAUACUAGAUGUGAAUAAUGAUGCUCCCAAACUGAAUAAAUAAUAAAUCUAAUUAUUUGGUUCCCAGUCUUUAGCAAACAGUUGUUGGAUGAUAGUAGGACCUGUCUUGCUUGGACCAGUAGGCCUACUGCAGUCUUUAUCCUUGGUAUUCUUAUGUAAUGGUUGGGUAUGUGUAGGAUCUACCUAGCAUGAACCAGUAGGUUUACUGCCUUGCUGCUUUAGUCUUGUGUAUAUCCAGUGUUUAGGCUGACUUUCUUCGUUACAAAUAUUUUGAAUUUUUUGGCACCAUUUUCAGAUUUUCAGGACUUUUUUCUAAGUUAUGGUUAUAAUAUAUUUCACAUUAAAAUAAUUUGACCCACUUUUAAAGUACCUCAGAAACUAUAGCAGAUUUAUAAACAAGAUAUGAAAAAGUCAGGGAUCGACCUAUACUAGGGUAUACACAGUAAGUAAAUGAAUAAAGUGUAAUAAACACUUAUCAGUGCUGUAUAAUCCACAUGGAGACAGAAACACAGAAGAUUGAUUGAUCAGUGUUUGCUGAAGAGGAUCCCAAAAGGUGGUCAAUAUAUACAGAUCAAUCAACCUUUUGUGUUACUUCCUCCGUGUGUGUUGUUAUUGAGCACAAUAAGUAAAUAAUCUAAGAAACUGAUUCAGUUAUUCACAAAUAUGAAGUAAAUUUUUGAAGAUGCUAUGGUUUGUCUUAAGGUUUACUUAUAAAUUUUAUAGAAUAAUGUACUAGUAAUUCAUUUUUUUGUAAUUAGAUUUACUAAAGUACGAGAGAUACUUGAGCAUGUUAAGUAAAGGUAGUGCCAGUUGACUUGAUAAAAUCAUUUUAAUUAUUUAUUCUUUAACUUGGGUGCUUAUAUAUCAUCUGAAAAAUGAGACUGAUAAUCUUUUUUUUUUUUUUUUUUUUCAUCAAUUACCUAAUUGUUUUUUAUAUGGAGUGGUUUUGGUUUGACGUCUUCAGUGUAGUGAAAAUGGCCUAAAUGGCUCCUUGGUAUUUACUGAAGAAAAACUUAACAUUAUGGCAAACACUGUGGCAUAUACCAGUGUAAAAUGUUUAACACCUUACUGUAAGUGGUGCCCCUUGAAGGAAGUUGUCUGUCCGAGCCCACACAUGCUCCCUCGACAUGGAGCCAGAAGGCGAGUCAUUUUUAAUUACUGUUUGAAUGGCAUACCAAAUGUGCAGAUGGUGGUUUUAGUUUACCAGUCAUUCCAUCCUCAGAUGCACUUGUAGAAUGAGUGUUUACCAGUCAUAUUAUUGUCAGAUUCACUUGUGGUAUAGAAGUUACCAGUUGACCAGAGUAUAUUUCCUGAUCACAGUUCUUCGUGUUUUGUAGUCCUUCUUAGUGCCAGUCCACCCGAGGUCACUGUAUACAAGAUGAUGUAUUCUGCCAUUAAAUGUAUUCAGCCAUUGCAAAUUGACAACUUGGGGGUAAUGUAAGUAACGGGUCAAAUAUAUUGCUUUCCAUCUAUUUAUAAAAACUUAUUGCUGCAAUUUUUAUAUUUUUUUUAAUGUAAAUAUUCACACAAGGUUUGGAUUUUUAGGUACAUUUAUAUUUUCACAUCUGCAGUUCACUGUACAGCAGAGAUUCUUAAAACCUUUAACAUGAAAUUUAAGUACAAAUUUGUUUUUAGACUUCUUGGCUAGACAGUUAAGUGGCUCUCAAUACUACUCUUGUAUACUGUGAUUGAUUUAAUGUGAUAUUAAAUACUCACUACAUCUCACCAUAUUGUGUGAUGAACAGUGUAGGUUUUAAACAAAACGUGUAAAUUAAAUUAUUUGGCUUAAAUAGCUUUUUGUCUAUAUUUGAACAGUAAUUGUACAAAGUAUAUACAGUAUAGAUUUAAGCUCACUCUUAUGCAAGUUUGCCUUGUGGACUAUAUUUUCAUAAAAUGUCCAAUUUAUCUUUUCAAGAUGUAAAGUAGUUGUGUUUGUGUGCAUGUUUGUGCAAGUUUGAGCAUGCACACGUGUAUUGUGUGGCAAGGUGAGCAGUUCUGAUAUCAGUUACUACCUCUGAAUGACAAGGUCGAGUUUACAGACUUCAUCACGGAGGCAUCUUUCUUUGAUAGUUACAAGAAAAUUCCAGAUUCACAUUAACUUAUCAGGGACUUUAAUAGUAUAUGACUUAAUCAUACAUAACAGUAGGUGGAUAAAAUCUUUAAAAUUCAGGUAUUACAUUAAAUUUUUUUUAUACUGCUGCUGUGCAGUGGUUAUAUAUGUACAGCAGAUAUUUUAUAAAUUGCAUAUGAUAUAAAAUGUUUAAAUAUACAAAGACAGCAUAGGGAUUCAUUAUUUUGUCAAGACAGUCAUGGUGCUAAAAUUAAACGAUAUUCAACAUUUUAUCCAAAUUGAUAUAACUUCUCAUAAUUUAGCGACAACCUGAAAUUUUUUCUUGAACAAAAAAUACCAGUUGAAUCUCAAAAUACCAACUUAUGAAAUUGGUACUGUAACUAGAUUCUGGUCAUUAGUUUUUUUUUUUCUUAAUCCUUUAUCUUCAUUAAAAAGUUAGGGGUAACAGGGAUGGUGAUCCCUGGAGGCACAUCAAAGUACAUAAUGAAAUGUGCAUAUAUUUAUUUUUUGUAAUUUAUUUCUGGACAGUCUUUUAUAUAGAAAGGAAGGACAAAUAAAAAUAACCCAGAGUUCUCCAGUUUUCCCCUUUCUUGUGAAAGGUUAUUUAAAUAUUUUAAUAUAUUUUUUUUUAUUUUCCUUGUAUGUCACUUGAUUAAAAGUGUACAUAAUUAUUUUGUUGUGAACUCUUGCAAGACAAUGUGAAUUUCUAAUGCUUUUUAAAAUAUUAAUAAGUUUCUUCAAAGAAGAAUCUUGUUAAUAUUAAAAUGUUUUGAAUGGAGAAUUUUAUAAGAAACUAAGUAUUAACUGAAUAAAUUAUCCUUGUUUCUUCAUUGGUUAUUGACUUAAUUUUGUUAAUGUGCUUUCCUCUUAUUUUAUAUAGUUCUUCAGUGAUAUAAUUUGUGCCUCACUGAAGGCACUAUUGCUAGUUAGUAAAGUGUCCAAAGAAAAAUACUUGUGAACUUAUCCCAUGAGUUACCAUGUAGUAGUUAAAAUAGUAAUUAUGCAGGUAAACAGACAUGUGUUCUAAGUCAUCACAUGCAAAUGGUUUUACAGUAGACAUAUUGAGUACUUUGAUGCCAUGUGUUUGUAUGUAUGUGUGUGUGUGUUUGUUCAUGUGUUUGUGGACCCUCUCAUACCUGCUCCUAGAAAGUGUGUGUGGGAGCCUGCCUCCACCAUUACAUUAUAAAUCAUUCCACUUCCCAGUCAUCCUGAGACUGAAGAAAUACUUCUUGACAUCCCUAUGGCUCAUCUGUGCCUUUUACCUCCGGCUAUGUCUUUGGGUUCCUCCCAAACAUUGUGUCUAACCUAUCAAUUCCCCUUGAUAAUUUUUCAUGUUAUGGCUCUCUUGGUUUUUCUACCCUCCAGUGUAGUUAUUCAUUAAGUUAGCCUCUCAUAGCUCAUGCCCCUAACUUCAGAACAAACCUUGUUGCAUGCUUCUGCACUUUCUCCAGUUUCUUAACAUGGUGCCACAUACUGCAAGGUGGGCCUGACAUGUAUAAAGAGCCCAGAAUAACACUUUGUUGAUAUUACUAAAGAUCACUCUUGGAUUUGCCAGAUGAGCAUUGGCUGCAGAGAUUAUUAGAUUGAUGCGAGGCUCUGGCAACAUGCUAAGCACUGUGCUAACGCCUAGGUCUUUGAGUACAGUCUUUAACUUCUUUCUCCAGAGUCUGUACUCAGUGUCCAGUCUUCUGGCCCCUUCCUCAAUAUACAUGACCCUGCAUUUGCUGGGGCCGAAUUCAAACGACCAUUUAUCUGACCAAGCUUGUAUUAUGUCCAGAUCCAUUUAUAGCCUCUUCCCAAUCCUCAUCUGAUUUUAAUCUUGUCAGUUUUGCAUCUGCAAACAGGGAUAAAUUGACUCAAUCCCAUCUGGAACAUCUUUCACAUAAAUUAGAAGUAGUAUUGGUCUUAGUACCAAUCCUUGCAGGACCCCUCAUGUUACUCUUCCAGGACAAUUGCUCUGUCUUCUUUCCCAAAGAUACUCUGAUACACCAGAGUACAUUACCUGUUAUUUUCUUUCUCCUUUGUCUGUACAUGUAUGAGUGAGUGUACAUAUGUACAUGCCUGCCUGUGUGGUUGCAAGGGUCAAGUCUUAGCUUGCAUGUGUGAGAGUUGGUAGAUAAGAUAAUCAAUGUGUGAGAGUUACAUUGUCAAAGGCACUUGUCAGUAGACACGACCUGUUGUGUGCGAGAAUGUAUGAAUGUGUAAUGCGUGUGGUUUGUGUGUACAUGUACCAGUGUACCCAAAUAGAAUACUGCAGCAUGCAUUCAUUUUAUACCUCUAUUGACCAUGUGGCCAAUAUGUAAAGCUUUCUAUACUCUGGUGUGUUGCAGUAUUGUUAAGAUUGCCAUUGACAUUAACCAGAGUUACUGACUUACUUAGUGAGUGAUCCUUAUUAGAUACCAUCAACCGAAGUUGUACAGUUGAACCUUAAUUAACAAUGUACAGUACUUGCAUUUUUGGAAACUGGUGUGAAUUAAAAAUGUUAAUUGAUAAAGUACAGUAAUUGGAGAAUGGGUAUUAAGUGCCUACAUUUUGUGCAUUAUCAAUAAAAAGUUUGGAGAACAUAAA